AUGGAAACUCCACGUCGCCCAUCAACUGCAAUAGAAAACCAUGAUAAACUUUCUUUUAGAACGAAGCUGUCCUGCUCAUUAGAUGGUUUUUCUGCAACAACAUCUCGCAAAAAGAACCUUUUUGUUUAUUCGAAGGCAAAUAUCGAACAAAGUCCAUAUAAAGAGUCCCCAGCUUUCCUUUCUCUCUAUAAAGGUAAACCUCAAAACCUACCAAAGCCUGUACAAAAGCUAAUGCCCACAACAAAUAACGUUCGAGUUCCAAACUCGACAAUUCAAUCUCCUGUAGUUGUAGUUUCCCCUAAGGAAAUGCCCGAGCAGGUUGAUUAUCUUACACGAUCUAAGCACGAUCAAGAAUUUGAAAAGAUGAAAGAGAAAGAAAUGACAAAGAAAUACUCUAAUGUUCAAAGAAAUUCUCCUUACAAAGAGAAGAUGUCGUCCCUUCGAAAGUCAGCCAUUGUUUCUACAAGAAAUUUAUUACGAAAUCGUGAUAUACGCGACUACCAGGACAGACAAGAGUUCCUCAAAGAGUUUGAUACUUCCUGUAAUAGAGAGUUCAACUCCGAGAAAAAUAUUCUUUCAAGAGACGUCUUUGAUCGAAGGUUUAAUUCUCUUCGUGUUGUUGUCAUUAAAUAA